CGUUCUCUAGACGGCCACGUUAGUGGUGGUGGCGCUGUGUCUGCAGUUGGCUCCUUCUCACACUAGCUGCAGCGUACUUCAGCACUCAGAAUUAGACUUCCGGAUACUUCCAAACAUACGCUCCAGGAAGGAAGAAGGUAGUCGGGACGCAGGCAGCCGCCUGUUCAGGGGUCUGGAAUAUGAGCAGAGAAUCGGCAGCACCUGUGGAUUCUUCUGAUAGACAAGCAGCUUACUGUGGAUGGGAUGUGUGGCUUCUUAUAGCUCUGAGCUGCCUGCUGCUGGCAGGCAGUGUAGCCCUGGGGGUGCUCUUUUAUAACCUGCAGACUAAGAACCUCAAACUUCAAUCCCAGUAUUCAGAACUGGAAAGGAACUACACAGACAUCUCUGUCACAGUCUCUGACUUCCAGACCAAGAACCUCGAACUCCAAUCCCAGUAUUCAGAACUGGAAAGGAACUACACAGACAUCUCUGCCACAGUCUCUGACUUCCAAACCAAGAACCUCGAACUCCAAUCCCGGUAUUCAGAACUGGAAAGGAACUACACGGACAUCUCUGCCAGAGUUUGUGAAGCCUGUCCACAGAACUGGGAGCUGUUCAAUGGCAAGUGUCACUACUUCUCCACUGAUAGAAUGAACUGGCACUCCAGCCGUGAUAACUGCACAUCACUGGGGGGGCACCUGGUGAUUAUAGAGAGCGAGGCAGAGCAGAGAUUCCUAUCUGAGAAGGUCUGGAACAUCACACAUGAGGCUAAAAUAAGCAACGAAGAAGAGCAAUCCCACUGGAUCGGCCUGACUGACUCUGUUACUGAAGGAACCUGGCUCUGGGUGGACGGCACUCCUCUCAAUGAGAAGGCAAAAUUCUGGGCCACAAGGACACAUGAUAAAGGUAAAGAGCCUGAUGACUAUAAUGGAGAGGACCCCGCUGGUGAAGACUGUGCACAACUACAACCAAAGAGGAAUUCCAAAGAGACCUGGUUUGAUUCUUCAUGCAAAAAACAAUAUAAAAGGAUUUGUGAAACUAAGGCAGUGAUAGCCUAAUAAGAGGAUAAUCAGGAGAAAAGGGAGCUAAGGUUACUGUAACACAAAGAUAGACUAGAAAGAAUAGAAGAAACUCAGUUCAAAUAGACAAGCAUGCAGGUCAUCCCCCAACAUUACCAUAUUAACCGUUUGAUUCCACAUUAUGAAAAAGCAGAGAUAACAAUGAGCUGGUGGUGGUUUGUACUGAAUGAAGUCUGGCCUUGAGUGCAGAAUUGCAGCUGAAACAUUAAGAAUGGUCUACUUGACUACUCCCACUGUCUAAAUACCACAUGAUCAUCACGUGUGGAAAACAAGAUUGUGAAUGGCAGCCAUGUGGAUUCAAUGCACGCUGAUUGCACAUCAUUUAGGUCUUCAUGAUUGCCUAUUGAAGUUAGGAAUGAAAACCUCUGAAAUAAAAACCAUAUUCAGAAAAGGUUUGUCUGUUUCUUUUGAGUUUGUCUCCCUCUAGUGGCUCUCAGAGGGAUGACUAACAGUCACACAGGAUUCAUUUUGCUUUUUCCUGUGCUUUAGCAGGCUUGUGCUGGUUAACCAUUGUUUUUACAACACUUUACAAUACAUAUCUGUGCUUCACUUGCUCGCCUUUCCUUUACCAUGAUGUGCUGUGCUUCAAAUAUGCUUUAAUAUGAUCACUUUUAUCUUCAAUAUUGUGUAUCACUCCAUUCUUACUAAAGCUCCCAUCAUCCCUCACUGGUACUGCUGGUGCUGAGGCAUGAUGGGAGCUGUAGUGUACCUAGAAAGAGGAAACCAAAGAAAGAAAAGUAAAAAAAUGACAAAAUGUAAGAAACUAACAAUAUUAUUUGUAAAUUCAUAACAAAUAUAUUAAUUUUAAAACAAUCCUAUUUUGCAGAUAACAAUGAGUACUCAUUUUAUUUUCACGAGGACUGUAGCAAUUUAUUUUCAUGGCAAUUACUAGUGAAAAUAUUUAUGUACAGUAUAUGUAGAGCAGCAUAACAGGAGUGCCACUUCUGUAUGUGUAUGUCUGUCCUUUCUUUCAGUGGUUGUUGCUAGUGCUGUGUGUGUGUAUGAUGUGCAACUUUAAACGAGUUAACUGCUGUGUAAACUUAACACAAUGUAUUUGCUUUGUUUCGUCAUUGAAAUAAGUCACUACUAUCGGCAGACCUGCAAAUAAAUAAAUAAGUUAGCUGUAUUUUUAUUCUUUACAUGAGAAUUAAAGCCCUGGUUAUAUUGAAACUCUAGUACAUUACAAGCUAAGAGAGGAACCUGAUGAGGUGCUUCAUGUCCCGCUAGAAAAUGAAUCUGCUGCUGCUAGACAGAUCAGGGAGGGUGGGAAGUAUUUUACACUUUACAUGUAGUAAUAUCAUGAAAUAAUGUACCUUGCAUAAUUAUUAUAAAUAAUAAAUGACUGCCCUACGUGCCUCUA